CAAUGUCAUCUGACGAAUGACCACCACCAUAGCAGGAAAUGAAGAAAACAACUCAAUGCUAAUAGCACAAUUUAAUUUUGUCACUCAAAAUCAGCCUUUUACUGUUUUUGUAACGGAAUGCAUAAUUUAUUAAGGCUGUGGAUGGUCUGUGUAUCUUUUUUCAUAAACCAUGGACUCGCCGGUAAAAUGAAGAUAGUCGAGGAGCCAAACACAUUUGGGUUGAACAAUCAUUUUCUGGCUCAGGGAAGCAGACUACAGCCUAAAGUGACCCCAUCUGCAGUGUCUGGCCCCGCACAUUUUCAUCGGCUUGCUGGGAAGUGCUUCAGUCUCACAGAGUCAACGUACAAAUAUGAAUUCUGUCCAUUUCACAACAUCACCCAACAUGAGCAGUCAUUUAGGUGGAAUUCCUACAGUGGGAUCCUGGGGAUCUGGCAGGAGUGGGAAAUAGCAAACAACACUUUCACGGGCAUGUGGAUGAGAGACGGGGAUACUUGUGGAACGAGAAACAGGGAGACACAUGUGAUUUUUGUCUGCAGUGCAAGCAGCAAGCUUGCUCAAGUCUCAGAGCCCAGUACUUGUAUGUACUCGCUAACCUUUGAGACUCCACUUGUUUGCCAUCCACAUUCCCUUUUGGUGUACCCGACACUGAGUGAGAAGCUCCAAAGGGAAUGGGAUGAAGCUGCGCAGGCUCGCUAUGAAGGUCUUAUUACUGAGCAGGGAUACAACAAUCUUUUAAGGGAUAUUUUUGACGACGCUGGUCUCCUGAAGAGCCAAAAAGUGAAGAUAAAGCUGCCAGAAGUUGCAGCUGAUUCAGAAACACACAACUCUUUACAGAAAUGUACAGAGGAUUUCCAAAAACAGAGAGAAGAGAUUGAGAGACUGCAUGCUCUCCUCACUCAACACAAUAUUACCUUUGACUCAAAGCAAAAUGAAGCAAAAGGCACAGUGAGUGCGACAGUUAAGGAUCAACACCUACUGGGAGACAACGGCCUUUUGGAUCCGCAAUAAAACAAAAAAUCUCCCAGAGCAAGUCCUCUCCUCCAUUUAAAAUCACCUGAGUGCAUGUGAAGAUUUUGCUGAUCAAUGUGAGUGACACAGACACUCGCUAGACAAUAUCGCUGUCCUUUAUGACGGCACUAAAUGUUCAUUUAAACAAGUGACACUGA